UGGUUGCUACCUUGCACUACACGCUGCGUGCAAAGUAGGCCUACAUCAUCUACGUUAUACGUACAGACUAACUAGCGUAGCGUUGCACAGACGCGCUAGACGUAAACAAACCUCUUAAGACGGACGAGAACCGAAUUCGAGUGUUGCUGCUAGAUCUUAGAAGAAAAAACUAAGAUAUUUUCACUUACGUCUCACGAGAAAGUUGCUCAGCAUGUCUUCAAGAGACUGGGAAUACAACCUGUACACGAGCCAAGCGUCUGAGGGAAAACCUCCUCAGGGAGGCAGACUGACUGAUGAUGAAGAUGAGGACUAUGACGCUGAAGAACCAGAGAGGAUGUACCACCUGGAUCUGUCUAGCCGCAUCAAGGAGAAGUUCCAUCGUCGCCUGGUCAAGACAGGCAUCCCCCGCAGACCGGGAUUUUACCAGAUUCAGACUUCCCGUUCUAUGGCCAAGCCCAGCGGGCAUUUUUACAGUGGCAAGCAUUGGGAGAUGGCCCCUCAGUCAGCUGACAAGUGUGAUGUUCGAGCCUUGCAAAAACCCCUGGAACGCACCACUAGACGACUCACCAUCUGCGCGGUCAACCAAGCCUGCGACUUUGAGCAGCAUCGUCGCAUGAAGAAUGAAGCUCGUGAAAUGCAGCAAGCUGGAAGCCUUCUCUCCCCUUUGAACAAGGAGUUCAAGCGCAUCAUUGCCUUCAAUGAGGAAGAGCAACAGAAAGAGGAGAUGGGCAAGAGGCAGGCACUGAUGGAGGAUAAAGACUGUGUCAUGGCCCAGCUGCUUUACCGAGACAACGCCAAGAAUAUCCAGCAGGCCGUGGAGGAGGAGAGACACCGCCGCAUGACCAUCAUGUCUGAGCUGACCGACGAGGAAAAGUCCUCCGGUGAUGCAAAUUUCCGCGAGAUGUUGAGGUCACUGUCUAAGGUCAGCAAAUUGUGGCAGGAGAUCCAGGAUGAACUGAGCAAUGCUGUUCAUGAUCUGGAGGAAGUUCACGAGGAAGAGAACCAUGCCAUCGGGGAUAUUUUCAACGAGCUCAAAGAUGACUUUGUGCUCAGCUUCAAGCGAGCUACGCUGCUCAUGAAAUUCCACAUGGCUGAAGAGAACGAGCGAAGGCACCGUGUGAACGAGGCCCGGCUGCUCAGCAGUGGCAAGAAGAAACUGGACCCCGUACAGCGCCGCUCCUCCUACAUGAAGGAUCUGACCCAGCAGGAAUUGGUCAGGGUCUUCAACAGCGUGGUGAUGGCAGAGAAUGAGAAGGAAGAGAAAGAAGAGGUUGAAACAGAUCAGCACAAGAUGACAGCUAUGGAGGAAAUGUUGCGACGUCAUUCCAUCAAGGAGGCCGACCACGCCUGCGCCUUGGAGCGGGUUCGCCGCAUCCAGGAGGCGGAAGAUGAAGUGCAGCCGGGUGCUCGCAGGGAUCCCCUUAAGGAGCGCAUCAAGGACAUGAUGGUGGACGUCCAGGAGCAGAUGUUGCUGCAGAUUUUUCGAGGCCACAAGGUUCGUCAUGCUGAGCCACGGGAUAUUGGGUACUAUGCUGGUGAGAGCUCUCAGGAUCGCAAGCUGCGCACUCUUCGCACCCAAUCUCGACGCAAAUCAUGCGUUGUCUCUGGAUAUUAACCGCAUCUUCAUCAGUCAACGGCUUGGAUGGGUUUGGGCCAGAUGAACACAUUUUCAAUUUUCAACAUUGCAACAGUUGCAGGGGAUAACAGCAGUUAAGAUUGGUCUAUGGGAACAUUCAUUCAUAUAAAAUACAUGUAUGUCGUAGAAAAAGGAGAAAUUAAGGAACUCUUCAAUCAGGUAAUAAAACCAACAAGCAUUUAAAAUAGAAUUAUUUAGGAAGGAAUAAGUACUGCACAACAGAUGCUUGGUUUCAACACGCUUGAUAAUACAACAGUUGUGAAUUGAAUCUGCAACCAAUUUAAUCAUAAAAUUCUUCUCUUGAAAAAUGCAAGCAGCCCCCCCAAAAAAUUGCUUUUUAAGUAUUUGAAAUCUGCAGAUUUAAAACAUGAAUUCAUUAUACUGCAAAGCUAUUAAAAUAAAAUCUUUCCAAAACGAAAUACACAUUAAAGUUUCAGAUGAAAAUUCUUAUUGUGGUGGUCAUCCUAAAUUUUGUGUUGUUUUUCUAAUUUCUGGCAGAGAGCAGAUUUUUUCCAAGCCCCAAUGCCUCAAUGUCUCGAUAUGUAUGUUCAUAAUUGUACACCUUUUGAAGACUGAAAGUGAAAAGAAUACCUAUUUUGUUAAAUUUGACCAGGCCAGAAACACUUCAACACACAACACCUUUGUCCGAAUUUUUUCCUAAGAUUCCUAAACUUUUUAGAAGUAUUCCAACUUACCUAUGUCCAAACGCAAUGGAGCUGUAUUUUUUAUGAAUAUAUGUAUAAAAUGAUAAAAACUGUCAAAUAUUUCAAAUAGUGAAACAAAGGGAAAACAUAAA